GUCCCAUUCAACAGACAAACAGUAAUGCAAAUUAAGCUAGUAUGGAAUAAAUAACUAAAAAAAAAAUAUUACAAAAAGAGUCCUCUCAACAAGCCUACAUGAGCGUGGAGUGAGUGCGGGCGUCUGCCUCACUCACGCACACACCCAUGCAACACACACGUGCACCCAUUUUCUUCUGCUGCUGCUGUGCACGAAACAAAACGAAAACAUUAACACCUGCCCAUCACCAUCUACCAGUAUUGGCUUCCUUCUUAUCCACACAAACUCUAAUAACGUUACACUGCAUAUAAUGUCUCAGAUUUGUAUAUGAUUCUAAUUAUAUAAAGUGAGUGGGAAGGAGACUUUUCAAUCCAGGUAAAGAAUAAAAUAAAAUAAAAUGAAAAUCCACCCGGUGCAACGCUUUUUUCAAUUAUUCACACGACAUUACCAAACAGAUACUCUUACAUCUAAAUAUUUGUCGAUGGAAUAUAAUGCUCAGCAGUAUCAUUUCAAGGAGAAAACCAUAAAACUGACCAUUUGAAGGGAUAAUAACAAAAUAUAGGAGGCUGCGAUCAGCUGUUCCACCACAACAAGGGACGAUGAAAGACACACUCUCAUUUUUCUCACCAUAAUGUCCUCCUCGCGAGUCCCGGGCCUUCGUCAGCACGGCCGUCAUCAUCUUAUGCAGAAACUCCACUUCAGGGAGCUGUAUGGUGAGACAAGGCAGACACGUUCCCGGCCUCGCCAAAAGUUAUUCUACCAGCUGCCUCACCGGCUGGCCUUCUCCCUGGCUGAGGUGGCUCCUGCCUCUGCCUUGGCUGCUGGACAUGUGUUCCUGGGAUUCACCAAGUGUGGUCAGUUCGUGCUGUCGUACACCCAUUCCAGCGACACAGAUGACCACACACUGCAGAUGGAACACAGGUACAGACUCCACUGGUGGGUGUUUGUUCCUUACACACCACUGAAGAAGGUGGCUGAGGUGAUGCUGUUUGGUGACCAGUCUCUGCAGGCCAAUGUUUACGCCUUUGAGAAUGUCUUCAUCUCCCUCUGUCAGUGGCCAAGGGACUUGUCGAAGAUUCUUGUGUAUGGCUGCAGCAUGAUCGAGGGCAGUGAUGGCACCAGCUCCCAGACACGCCGGUGCUGCGUCACUAUCACAGCGGUGCCAUCACUGGACAACUGCUCUGCCUGCUACCAGGUGGCCACGUCCUAUGAGGAGGAAGACCUGGCUGAGAGAUGGAACAGCUGUGCCCGGUUCAGCUGCCUCAAGCACGGCAUCACAGUACACACCAGCUUUGAGAUGGUGCCGCCCUUCCCAAAGUUCCUCCCGAGCGUACAAAUGAAGCGGCGGGGAUUUGUGGUGCUCAACGCUGGCAACUUCAUUCACGUCCUGCAUGUGGAUAUUGAAAACGUGGACCGACGGAUAAAGGACAGUGAGGUGGAGGGGACAAGACUGAGCUGCAUCAGGGUGAGGGAGGAGGAUGAGAGUGAUGAUGACAGGGACCAGCACAAGGUGAAGCACAGGAGAGUGUCUGGGGAGCAACAGUACAGUGUUCCAACCUUGAGGUCCCACAAGUACAGUGCAACAGACAGCAGCACAACCAGUGACCCUGAGGUGGACAGUCAGAGCAGCUGUGAGGAGGAGGAGAGAGACCAGUGUAUUAGCAUCACUCCUGUCACCAAGAACACUGGACUGAAAAUAACCUUAAAUAUGGGCAGCAGCAGCUUGUGCAGCACCUCCACCACAGACCGAGACAGGGAGUGGGAGAUCUUGAUAGGCAGUGUACCAGCGCGAGGUGAGGGACGAACUAAAAGUGAAGGGAGUGGUGGUGCAGGCGGGGUCAGUGCAGCGAGUGGGAGUGGGUGCCAGCGAAGUGCCAGUGAGGGUCAAGGCACCUCUCAUGCCUGUGAAGCUAUUGUCUGUGAUAAUAACAAAGGCCAUCCCGAGGGAGACGGCCCCCGGGCAGGUCUGGCCUCCAAUCUCACGCUCAAGGACUUCCACUUUCUAGAGGCUUCACCGCGUCACUACUACGGUGAGAGUGACUAUUGUAACGACAACGACUCGGACGACUCCACCUGGUGUUCCCACGCUAGUGAAGACUUGCGCCGCAACGACCUCAGGGACACAGCCACCAGUGGGGCAGAGCGACACAGACCUCCAGUGGGCCACUGUGGUGUGGGGACUAAAGGUGAUGAUUGUGUCUUUGGGUCUCAGCUCCCUCAGCAGCAGCCACAGCAGCAGCAUCAGCAGCAGCCACAGCAGCAGCAUCAGCAGCAGCAGGGCAGGAGCAGAAUGGUGCUCAGGAGUUCCAGUGAAAGCUCUUGUGGUGAGAAGACACCAACCAAGCAGGCAGAAAAAGAAUACGAAUUCAUAGAUGAAAUUACAGACUCUCGCCAUGAAAAACUGAGUGUGUUUAGGCGCAGGAGACUUGCAGACAAAAAGUACGAGUUUUCUGAUGAGAACAUGGAGAACAUACCUCAGAACUACAGCAGCUACCGUAACCAGAGUCGACGGCUACUGAUGAGUCCCUCGCGAUCCCCAAGGUUCCGCUCCAUGGGUGUGCCCCUCUCAGAGCUGUCCAUUGAGCUCGGGGAGUCCUCAGGACUGCUUAGGUCUGUGUAUGAGAAGCUGCUGAGCCCAGUGUCCAGCGGAGGCUCCCCCAACGAUGUGCUGCGUCCCAUCAACCAGAACAUCACCAGCCCAAUCCUGUCACCCCGGGAUGACCGCUGGAGGGAGGAGAGAGAGAUGCUGGAGAAGGCUGAACUGCAGAGAUGGAGUUCCAGAGAGAGCCUGGGAGUCUUUGCCCUCAGUCCCGGCCGAGUCCAGAAGUCUUCCGAGAAAAGUACUGCUGGCCUUACACAAAACAAUGCAUCUGAGCACACACAGUCACUGAGCAUGAGUUGUGUGGUAGAUUUCAAUCGACGGUACAUUGAGGUGGAUGAUGAGCUGGUGUCUAUCAUCACAGACAUUGAGGACGAUGAGCUGAGCACCGCCACAGGCUACCACAACGCCCUGCCGCUGGAGGUGCAUGGCUCUGGCUACACCCAGAUGCAGAUGAUCUCCAACACUAAGGCAGAGAAACUGAAUGCUCCGGGGGUGUUGGUGAAGCAAAUAAGCCUUGAUGUGGAGCAGUUCUGCCAUGAGUUAGCUCAGAGAGUGUGUACAGAAGCCAACAAGAAAUAUUUCUUCUGCAACGACUACAAUGUAGAGAUUGUGGAAGUGUGCCCAGAUAGUGGAGACAUUGUGGCUCUGGCCUCAGUCCUGGUACAGGCAGCCACCCUGGUCAAGGGUCUGCCCAAGACAGCACGCUCUCCCCUCAGCUCACUCACCCGCCGCCAGUACAAGACCACAGCAACUUUUGUCUUCAACAUGGACACCAAACAGUAUUAUGUUGUGGAGAAGGAGCCGCUAACAGAGACAGAUCCUUACUGUGUGGAGACCAUGGACUGUGAUGUGGGUGAUGAGCGUUGGUGGCUGGGAGCUCGUCAGGCAGCCAGGCAGCUGAGGGCCCAGUGGUCCUGCCCCACAGACUACUAUUCCAGUGUCAAGGUCAUGACCAAUGAGCCAUUCCUUAAAGGCAAGUCUCUGAACCACAUCAUGGAGAGCCAGCACCUGGUGGCCCUGGUGUUGGGGCCGCAGCCUCAGGACUUCUAAGGCACCGCUGUGCCUCCACCCACUCAUUACUGCAGGUCAGGUAAAGUGGUGCCAUUUUACCAAGUCUGUGCAAGUGUCCCUCUUACAAACUUGCAUAAACUUGAAAGAGGAACAAAAACAAUUUGAUGAGUCACAGUUGUGGGCUGGUGCUCUCCCACCUUUUUGUCCUUUGCCUACAAACCUUCAUGGAAGCAGCAGUAGCAGCAGCACUGUCUUACCUUGCCAUCUGUGUUGAGCAGUUUGCGAGUCUUGACCAGAGCCAGGUUGACAGUUUCCUCAUGACACAAAGGCACACAGAACUGCUGCUUGUGUCUCACCACUACUGACCACAAUUACUACCUUCUACUGGGGCAUUAGUAUUUAUUUGAAUGCUAGCUGCAAUUAUACAACAGUAUGCACUGAGAAGCUGCUCAUUGUUCUACAUAUUUGUAUUUUUAUUAUGUACUUUUUGCAUAUCGCCUGUAGCCAAAGCAUCUUGCUCAUUCCAGAUCAAGGUUCUGCAAGUUGUAUUUAACAUAUCAUUUCCUUCCUUGCCUCAGUCUGGCACAGCUUGGCCACUACCACAGUCAGGGUGGUGUGAUGGCAGGGAGGUGCCCUUUCACAUCACACCACCUUCAAAUGUGCUGGCUCUUUACUAGUAUUUAAUGACUGGGUAAUUUGUUUUAUUCUAAAUUCAGUUGCCUUUUUGUUGAAACAAGAUAAUGUUGCACCACAUUCUGUUUGUAUCGUUAUUUAUUUAUUUAUUUUUUAUUUUUUUUUUUUUUACAUUUAUAUGAGGAAAUUAUCAUCUCAUUUAAUUUACUGUUCAAUGAGAAAUUUUCAGGAUAAAAUUUCAGACAGCUUGACAUUUGAGUCAAGGAAUGUGAUUUUCUAAUGUCAACUUUUGUUCCUUGAAGAUAAAGUGUUUGUCUUCAGUUAUACUCAUCUCUUACAUCUACCUCUUUAUGUGCACCUGUUGUUACUUACGUUGUAGUCACAGAAAAUUUGUUAUUGAUGAAUAUGAUCUUUCUUCAUUCAUGACAAAGCCAUGAUUGUGUUCCAGAGUUACCCAGCCAAGGACAGUCAUGAUAUCUGGCUUUGUGCUCCAUCAGACACUUCUUGCUUCCUGUCAGGCAUAAUUUUAUUGCAGUGCAUUUUAAUUUUAUCUUUUUAUAUAUCUAUUAUUAUUUAUUUAUUUAUUCAUUUUAUUUAUUUAUUUUUUUUUAUUUAUUUAUUUAUUUUUAUUAUUUAUUUUUUUCUCAUGUUCAGUUCCUAGAACCUACAGCAUGCAUCCAUUCAGUUCAUGCUUUGACAUGACUUAGCACAUGUUACUUCUUUGAGAGGUGUGUCUGACAUGACCCUUGAACAUUUUGUUGUGUACAUCAUCUGAUUUCCACAAAACAGUCACCAAAACUACAAAGUACAAACUUACAACUUUAAUUACAAUGAUUCCGUACCUUUACUUCAUUCACCCAUCUGAAAUCUUUAUUGAGUAUUUAGUGAUGCAUACAUACUUGAAACAGAAAACAUUUUGUAACAUGUGCGAGCUCUCUCUCUCUCUCUCUCUCUCUCUCUCUCUCUCUCUCUCUCUCUCUCUCUCUCUCUCUCUCUCUCUCUCUCUCUCUCUCUCUCUCUCUCUCUCUCUCUCUUUUUCCACUUGAAGUAUGUGAAGUAUGAGUGAAGCUUGGUAAUAUUGAGAUGUUCAGAAAUGAGAAUAUACUCCUAUGUGGUAACCCUAAGUGUUUAUUGCCAGGCUGGGGGAAUGUUCUGCCACGGAAUGCAGAGGAUGACUUGUGGAUUUAGAGCGGAAAUAUUGUUAGAUGUUUUGGUGUUUGUGUUCUUGGUGCAGACAUGUCACUGUUGCAUGACAAAACAAGAUGAAUGUGGAGGACCUGUAAUGCUGCACCUGCUUUCCUGUUGUGAUGAAUUAAACAAACUGUUUUAUGUACUAUACAAUUACCUUUUGAACAGAGAAAUUGCUAGCCUGACUACACUUUCUCUGCUGUCUUCAUAUGCCAUAGUGGAGAAUCUAAACAGUUGCUUUCCAUUUUAAGGAAAAUGCGAACAUUUACGUUUCACUCUUAUGAAUUUAAAAACCUCAUCAAUGUUCCUUUUAUUAUACAGCAUUACCAGUCAGAACUGUAUAUGCUGGUAGGUUGUUCCAUAUUGGAAGUAGCAUUGAUACUAAGGUUUACUUUUCUGUUCCUUGUACCAUUAUCCGAGCUGCUGUGUUCUCUUAAGCAGGGUCCUCUAACGGAGUGACCUCAAUGUCUGCAGCUAUCUUUUCAGCAUCAUUAUUCACUCUCUCUUUGACGUAACUUAUGUAGCAUGGACUUACUUCCUUUAUGUCAUACUCUUCCACUCUGUCUUCCAUACACUCUGUCUCUUACACAUCUGUCAAUCUUGCUGUCAUACACCUCUCUGACAAAUUCAUCUUUCUAUUCAUCAUAAUGUACUUCAUUUGUGUAUAAAAUAAGUUGGAUGUUGGCUGAUUAAUAAGCCUAGUCAUCCAUCACAAGGAUAAAGAGUGACACAUUCUGUGAUUUAAAUCUGAGCAUGCAGGUCUCAGUACCUGCAGCUUCAGAACACCAGUCUUGCUGGUCACUGCACUUCUCUAUCAGCUGAUCACAGCACCACCCAACCCAAAUGCUGCUCACUCUGACCUUCAAGACUGAUCCAGGGAGGAAGACCUUGUGGUUCUAGUAUUAUAAGAGUUUUUUUAUUUGACGAUUUGUGUAAACACUGGACAUUGUAUUCAGGGUGACUACAUGAAAGGAAAGAAUGAUAUAUUUAUUUUUUAUGUUUUUGACUACAUGAAAGGAAAGAAUGAUAUAUUUAUUUUUUAUGUUUUGAUUGUCUUUGAUGACUUUGAUAGGUGUAUAAAGCACCUGAGAAGGAAUGUAGUAAUAUUUUUUUAUUACUGAAGGGUGCUAUUUACAGACAGCCAUGAGUGCACAUACUACCUGUGUGUGACAAAGCACAAUUACACUUGUACUGAAUUCCUGCUAUAAGAAAAUCACCUUAACCCUAAUCUUGCCUACAAUGAAAUUCCCUGUUAAUGUGAUACCCAGCAACAUUCUUCCAAGAUUCAUGAUGUGUUGUAUGUACUACUCUAGCUGUCACAGACAUGCUAACAUUGUACUAUUCCCUUUUAGUAAAACUGGUGUAGAUUCCUUUUGACAAAAAUCAUGUGAAAUCAUACUGUCGGAUAAAUUUGUGUCAUGUGUAUAGAAUGCCUUUUUGCCUCCUCCAUUUCAUCUAUCACAGCAUCAACUCUUCACUCUAGCAUUUAGCAUGAUUGUUUACAACACAGGGGCAGUUGAUGAUGUUGCUUCAUUUGUCACCUCAUGAUGUAUGUCAGAGUGCUUGUUCCUUUCUUUUUUUGCCAUUAGUGUUUUCCAGUAUGUGAUGAUGUUAAUGUGACUAGAAAUCUGGUGAUGAUAAGUUUUCAAGUUCAGUGCCUAUGAGGGGCAGGCAGAAGUCAACCUCAGGUUGUCUCACAGGCAGUAUGUCACCAGAUGACAACACACCUGAUUCUGUCGCUUCAUGUUUGUGCAAUACUAUGUGUGGUCAUAAUACCUGCUGACUGGCUCUAUAACUCUGCCACCUGAACAUGUGUGACCUGAUGACACUGUCACUGAGUCUCAUCCUUUAAUUGGCCUAAAUAUUUCCAUCCUUUUAAUGUGUGAUAAAUUGACAUAUAUUCCCAAAACUCCUGAUAAUAAUUACAAACAAGACAGUACCUUAUACAAUAAAAGGGAUGUUUAUUGGAGAUACAAAGUCAGUUUGUCACACAUUUUGAAAAGGUAGACGUACUACUUGAGAUUAUCAUAAUUACCAUGAUAACAUGUUACCAGGUGGCACAAUUACUGGUCCAGAACAGGCAGCCAUACACACACACACACACACACACACACACACACACACACACACACACUCAGUUGGCGCAAUCGGUUGUUAACUGAAAGAAUGGUGAUUCAAGCCCAUCUAGGGGGCAUACCUUGUAGGUUGCUAAGUACGAACUCUGAACUCUUUCCUUAGGGAAACAGCUGGCUGGGUGACCAACACAACUGUAUGUGAAUGACACACGUACACACACACACACACACACACACACACACACACACACACACACACACACACACACACACACACACACACACACACACACAGACGUGGUAGAUAAAAAAAGAAAUGCCUUGAUUUUAUUAUUGGAAUUUUAAAGAUGAUUUAAAGCUAGCCUGAAUAAAUUGAAAGCUUUAGAAGUAACAAAAUCUUCCUAGUUUCAAACACGGUAACUUGAAGAAUAGCUUUUAAAUCAACUAUGAGACAAAACAUGCCUUGAUUCUGGAGCUUCAAGGAUUAGGAAGAAUUGGUUGUGACCCACGGGUGGUCAUUGUAGCAUUUAGUUAUGGAAGUUGUGCUCCAUGUUCAAACCAGAACAAAAACAAGACGAUGGAGUAUUUUCACCCCACCCAAGGAUACACUCUCAGAUAUCUGAAUUGUGUGCAAUCCCAUGGCCUCCGCAAAAUGUUAACUAUGUAAGUUAUAAAGAUUUAUUGCAAUCAUUAGCAGCUUUAUUAUGUUUCUGUACAAAAUUUAAUGUCUGAAAUCACUUUUAACUUUGUCUUCAGUCAUGGAAAAUGUUUAUUGCAACCUCUCAGGGUGCCCUCAGGAAUUGUCACAGAACACUUUGUGAAAACAUGAAAACAAAGUUAGCCUGACAGAUGUCGAGAGUGUAACCAAAGGUGAGGUGAAACUGAAGAUUAAAUCAUCAUUCUCAGCAAUAACAUGUAGUCUAGAGUAUUACACUGUGCUCAAUAUUCAUAGUUUCUGAUCAUAACAAUUUGUGGUACGUUAACAAAUUAAGUGAAUUUGUCACAAUUAGGAAUCUUGCCCGGGAAGCCAAGUUUGUGUAUGUUAGAAUUCUGAUGUUCCUGAUAACCUGCACACAACCAAGAGGGAUAACCAUUAUGUUCCUGUAGUAAGGAUACAUCCAUGACUCACCAAGAGACGUAGUUCUUAGAGCAGUGCGUUGGUGUUCUCCCAGCUCACGUCACAGGAUCAGAACUCGUCCCCAACAGAGGUGUUUUGUUUCUGUACCUACAUCCACUUAAGCCAUCUCAUUUAUGUACUUUUCACCCUAAUUAAUUUCCUCGCCUGCAGGUACACUUAUAUAGUACCUACAACAUGCAUUUCUGUCUACUGAGUAUUAGGUAGUGAGUCCCAGACAAGUAAGGACCUGAAUAGUGUCUAAGUGAUGGAUUUGUUUUAUCAAUUCCAGAGUUACAUUACAAGCUGUUUGUGGUGAUAGCAGAGCACCUGGCUUGUCUCUGUUGCUGAGGUUUUGAUAAGUUCAAGUAUUAUAAGCAACUUCCCCAGUGAAGGAAACUGUGGACCUUUUUUAUAUUGUAUGAAAUGAAGAAUAUAGUUUUGUUAGAGAAUGUAGAGUCAGCCACUUUUUGUCUCAUUAUCCACAUUUGUGUACUUAUGUGUCCAUUAUCAUGAUCAGUAAAACAAUAUUUAUUUUA